CCUCGCUCUCCCGUGGGCUGGCUCUGUCGGAGCGCGAGCCGAGCGCGUUGGGAGAGGCAGGCCAUUCCUAGAGGAGCCCGGGCCAACAGGUUUUUGUUUGCAACCUGAAGUUGGCCCAGUGGUUUUGCAGGGGGAGCAGACUGUCUGCGCUCCCUAGAAACCCUAGGUCGGUCGAUGUAAGUCUGUUGCUUGGUCUCGGGCCUCAGUCCUUCCCAGCGGCCUCUUCACUUUAGUGCUGCCUUGGGAACGCAUUUGAAGUCUGUGUUUCAGAAAAGAUAGGAUUUAGCCAUUCUUGUGUUUUUUGACUAAGGGAACUAAGGCCCCAAAAUGUGUUAGUUUGCCCAAGGUCAUUUAGGGAUAGGGUGUUUGACACAGCUGGGAGCCCCAUCUCCGGGACACUUAAGGAUUUCUUCAACGUUUAGGAUUCCCCCAAAUCGCUUGCCUGCUAUUUUUAACAUUCAUACAAGAAAAUGAGCAAGGGAAGAUGAGAAAGACGUGCGAAUUCUUCUUUUGCACACUCAAGAAAAUACCCUGUGGAAGAAGGGAUUGAAAUGGGGUUGAAAUGAUUGAAAAAGGUUUUGGGGAUUCAUGAGAGCUGAACAGAUGUGUAGAGAGGCAGAACAUGCCGCCAUCUAAUGAAGUCAGAGCUCUGGCCUCAGGCACAGACAGGCUCCUCAGCCUAUCUGAGUGAGCAGAGAAGGCAGCUGAAGCUUCAUGAAUUGUCUCCUGAUCUGUGUGGCUAUGAGGAUUGUGGCCUGAGGACAGGAAUACUGUUUGGCAUGGCAGCCAGCUUCUGGGACCUGAGGCUUUGGAGGAGGAAAUGACUGGAGGGCCAUUUUGUUCCAUCUGCAUUUCUGACACGGAAACUUCCUAGGGUGCAGGUUUAGGGGACAGGAAAGUUUCUCUUGAAGGGCCUCACAUUUAUAACAAAGAAGAUAAAAAUGACAACUUCAUCUAUCAGACGGCAGAUGAAAAACAUUGUGAACAAUUACUCAGAGGCUGAAAUCAAAGUCCGGGAAGCCACCUCCAAUGACCCGUGGGGUCCAUCCAGCUCUCUGAUGACUGAGAUUGCUGACCUGACCUACAAUGUGGUAGCCUUCUCGGAGAUCAUGAGCAUGGUUUGGAAGCGACUUAAUGACCAUGGCAAGAACUGGCGGCAUGUAUACAAGGCGCUGACACUGCUGGACUACCUUAUCAAGACAGGUUCCGAGCGGGUGGCCCAGCAGUGCCGUGAGAACAUCUUUGCCAUACAGACUCUGAAGGACUUUCAGUACAUUGACCGUGAUGGCAAAGACCAGGGUAUUAACGUGCGAGAGAAAUCAAAGCAACUGGUUGCUCUCCUCAAGGACGAGGAGCGGCUGAAGGUUGAGAGAGUUCAGGCUCUCAAAACCAAAGAGCGCAUGGCUCAGGUGGCCACUGGCGUGGGCAGCAACCAGAUCACCUUUGGCCGUGGCUCCAGCCAGCCCAACCUUUCUACCAGCUACUCAGAGCAGGAGUAUGGCAAGGCUGGGGGCUCGCCAGCAUCCUACCACGGCUCACCAGAGGCCUCGCUGUGCCCCCAGCACCGCACAGGGGCCAUGCUGGGUCAGAGUGAGGAGCUGCAGCCACUGAGCCAGCGCCACCCCUGCCUGCCGCACCUGGGCCUAGCCUCCCACCCUAAUGGCGACUGGGCCCAGCCCUGCCUCACUUGUGACCGCGCAGCCCGAGCUACUUCCCCACGAGUGUCCUCAGAGUUAGAGCAGGCCCGGCCACAGACAAGCGGAGAAGAGGAGCUGCAGCUGCAACUGGCACUAGCCAUGAGCAGAGAGGUUGCUGAGCAGUCAUCAGAAAGCGUGCAGACAGCCAGAGGCAGCAAGGAAGAACGCCUCAGGCGGGGUGAUGACCUCAGAUUGCAGAUGGCUCUGGAAGAAAGCCGGAGAGACACAGUAAAAGUUCCAAAAAAGAAAGAGGCGAAAGCUUGCUGCAAGCCAGGCUCCCACUCCCAGCAGACUACCUUGUUGGAUUUAAUGGAUGCCCUCCCCAGCUCAGGCCCUGUUACACAGAAAACUGAGCCCUGGAGUACAGGAGCCUCUGCUAACCAGACCAACCCCUGGGGUGGAGCAGUGGCUCCUUCGAACAUUACUGACCCGUGGCCAUCAUUUGGUACCAAGCCAGCUGCUUCUGUGGACCCCUGGGGAGUACCUACCACAGCCAGCACACAGUCUGUCCCUAAGAACUCAGACCCUUGGGCAGCCUCACAGCAGCCUGCCUCCAAUGCUGGAAAGACAACAGAUGCCUGGGGAGCUGCUAAGCCCAGUUCUGCCUCAGGGUCCUUUGAGCUCUUCAGUAAUUUCAACGGUACAGUUAAAGAUGAUUUUUCUGAAUUUGACAACCUUCGAACUUCAAAAAAGCCAGCUGAGUCAGGGGCCUCAGUGCCACCCCAGGACAGCAGAACCACGAGCCCUGACCUCUUUGAGUCUCAAUCCUUGACUUCUGCCUCAAGCAAGCCUAGCAGUGCCCGGAAAACACCUGAGUCCUUCCUAGGUCCCAAUGCAGCCCUGGUGAACCUGGACUCAUUGGUGACUAAGCCUGCUCCACCAGCUCAGUCCCUCAAUCCCUUCCUGGCACCAGGUGCUGCCGCUCCAGCCCCUGUCAACCCCUUCCAGGUCAACCAGCCUCAGCCGCUGACACUGAACCAGCUCCGGGGAAGCCCUGUCCUGGGAAGCAGUGCAUCCUUUGGGUCUGGUCCAGGGGUGGAGCCUGUGGCUCCCAUGACCUCAGUAGCUCCACACUCAUCAGUGGGGGCCAGUGGCUCCUCAUUGACACCACUGGGCCCUACAGCAAUGAACGUGGUAGGCAGUGUGGGCAUUCCCCCAUCAGCAGCUCAGUCAGCGGGCACAACAAACCCUUUCCUUCUUUAGUGCCCGGGAGGGGCUUGCCUGAGUGAGCACCCAGGGUGCCCGGGAGGGACUUGCCUGAGUGAACACCCAGGGUGCCCGGGAGGGACUUGCCUGAGUGAGCACCCAGGGUGCCCGGGAGGGGCUUGCCUGAGCGAGCACCCAGAGUGCUGAGCCCAAGGACGUCAAGUGGGAACUCACUCUGUUUUGUGUAGUGGCUGAGAAUAUGGUGGUAGGGGUAUUAGAGCUUCAGGUCCAGCUUCCUGGUGAAAGGGUGGUUGUUACAAUCCAGACCUUCAGGCUGCAGGUAGGGUGGCCUCACUGUCCUACUCGGGCCCCUCUGUCUCUUCCCCCUAAGUGCUUACUUAGCACUACUGAGGUCUGGAAAGGUGUUACCAGUGUUGCUCAAGAUUCUGGGAUGCUGUCUAGCCCAGAACUUGGGCAGCCACAUUGUGUGUGCGCCCCACCCCCAGUUAUCUUCAGGGUGUGGACAAGGUGAAGCUCUGGCCCCACUUGACACUGACUGUUGGGAAGUGGUUGUGGAUAUUUUAAUUUCCUUUGACUCAAUGUGAGUCCAAGAUGAACACUCCUACCAGUGUGGAGCUUUAAGCUGACUGGAGCGCGACCCUGCCCUGUGGCUCUGUGCUUGUGCACGUUUGCACAGUUUGUUGAGUACAGUUUCAUAUUUGAGUUUGCAAAAUUAUCUAAUAGUCUUUUUUUGGCUAAUAUUUUUAUAACGUGGUUCUUAUUUAACUGUCUAGUUUUGAUAGAAUUGACCAAGUCUGGCUGAAUUAAGGUCUUGGCAUGUAUUAUUUUAGUGGUCUAAUUUCUCUUAUUUAUGGUUUUAACUGUAAGAAAACUUUAAAAGAAGAGAUAUUUGGAUGACAAAAAUAUGCCUUAUAGAAAACUAAGCAAAUUCUUUAUAGG